AUGUACAUAUUCAUUGGACUGACCUAUGCUAUAUCAUCAUUCCAUAUCGUACUCGCAUUAAUGAGUAUUAUUCUUGGCAUUAUUUCACAAAGUCGAGAACUCGUUUGGAUGGCACAUAGUAUAUCACCACUAUGGAGUGGUGUUUUUUUUGCACUGUGUGGUGCCAUAGGGAUAAUAUGUGCACGUCAAAAAGGUCUCUAUGUGAUAUUAUGCUAUGUAGCAAUAAGUAUUGUAACGCUUGUAGUCGAUUGUGUCAAUAUUCAAUUGCUACGCUUAGGUCUUGUUAAUAUAAUGACAGACGGACAAGCUUAUCUAAAAGAACAAAAAGAUCUGCUUGUAUUUGUUGCAUUGAUUAUUUCCCUAAUUGAAUGUUUAAUGUGUUUAUUAAGUAUAUCUGUUGGAGUACGAUUAUCGUUUGAUGCCGCCAAGAAAAAAUUUCGUAAAAAAGAAGGCGUUUUUUAUGUUCAAAUACUAUCAGAAAAAGAUAUUGUUGUCGUAUCAAAGCCAUCAUCAUCAAAACAAUCUGUUUCAGCUCAUGAAUCUGUUCAAUCAUUCGAUCGAUCAUUGGCAUGA